AUGCUCCGUAAACGCCAGAAGCCAGAAGCUGUACCUCCUUCUUCAUCGCCUUUGAAGGAACAGUCAUCCCCUGAGAUGCCGUCACCAAGUAAUUGGAGCCUGCGGUCGCAAUGGAUGUUCUUUGCAGUUGCUAGCGGUGCUUGUGCUGCUUUCAAUGGGGUUUUUGCAAAGUUGACAACUACACAACUCACAACCAAACUAUCCGACAGCAUUGCGAACCUGAUCGGCCUAUCCGCUCAUGAGCAUAUAGUUGAAUAUCUCGUUCGAGGCAUAUUCUUUGUCCUCAAUUUAACGUUCAACGGUGUUAUGUGGACGCUGUUUACUCAGGCUUUGGCCCGUGGUACAUCCACAACUCAAGUCUCCAUCAUGAAUACAUCCACAAACUUCAUGGUUACCGCUGUCCUAGGUGCCUUGAUCUUCUCAGAAGCUCUCCCUCCUUUGUGGUGGGCUGGUGCUGCGCUUCUUGUCGCAGGCAAUGUCAUCGUGGGACGGAAGGAUGAGACUAAAGACGCUGGUGCUGCGGCUGCUGCUGAAGGGCCGAGUUAUGUCCCUUUGCCGACUGAAGAUGAUGGAGCACAGCGUGAUGACGAUGAGGAUGUUAUUGAUUUGGGUAGGGAGUCGGAUGAGAGAACACGAUAG